AUGGCUAUUUUAGAUUUAGACACAAUUUAUACAAACACAGGGGAUAUAUUACAAGUUAGCUACGCUCAAAAGGCAGCGGACAAUGGUAACACUGCUAUUUGUAUUAAAAAUAAGAAAGGAGUGGUUAUGAUAGCAGAAAAGCCUUUAGAGUCAAAAUUGUUCAUUACAGAUGUUAAUAAUCGUAUAAAAAAAGUCAAUGAUUCAAUAUAUCAGGUGGCAUGUGGUAUUGAAACCGACAUUGUAUAUGUUAAUCACCAUCUUAAAAAUGUUCUUAUUAAUGAAAAGCAUCAAAUGGAUAUGGAUAUUAAUUAUGAAAAUCUUAGAAAUCAGUUGGUAACUUUAGUUCAUAUGUUUACAAAAUAUUCAGGGGCCAGGCCUCUUGGAAUUAAUAUAUUAACUUGUAUUAAAUAUAAUAAUGAAUACAAGAUUAUACAUACAGAUUGUUCUGGUAAGUCACUAUUUUUUAAAAGUGCUGUUAUCGGCAAAGGAUCUAGAAUUGUAAAAACUGAGCUUGAAAAACUUAAGCUUGAAGAUUUAGAAGUUAGUGAUUUGGUUGAGAAUGGUAUUAGGAUUCUUUACAAAUCUUUUGAUCCACUAAAAGAUCAACCAUUUGAUAUCGAGGUUGGUGUAAUGUGCGAAGAAACUAAUGGACAAUUUAUUAGAUUAGAGAAACAGCAGAUUAAUAAUUUUGUAGAAAAAUAUAAGAAUUUUAGUGUUGAUGGUGAAGAAUAA